UCUUGUGGAAAGUGACAUGUUCCUGAUGGCUGGGAGGAUGGUUGGUCACUCCUUCAUCCAUGGUGGUCCUUGUUUGUCAGGGAUCAGUCCUGCUGUGAUCCAUGUUUUACUUGGGCGGCCAGCUGAAACAGCCACAAUUCAGCUACAAGACUGCCCAGACCUAGAUCAUCGUGCAACUAUACAGUUGCUUGAGGGAGAUGAUGAACUUUCAGAUCAGGACAAGAAGGCUGUCCUAGACUUGGCUCUGUCAUGGGACCUCCCAGGUGUCACAAACAACAAUAGACAUUGGCUGUUCAACCGACUUCUGCAUCAUGCUGUCCUCAGAAGGACCAUUCGUCAAAUUAAACAAUUCAGACGUGGUUUAAAAGACACAAAAGUUUGGUCACUGCUGCUAGAACGUCCAGAUGUUGUCCCUUUGCUCUUCCCCAGAAACUCAGAAGCUGCCUGCUGUGCUCAGACUGUUCUGGAUAAUAUCAUAUGGCCUGCUGAGGAAGAAGAUGAUGAUGAUGAUGAUGAUACAUACCCACUUCACAUCAAAUGUCGCAUUGCAGAGUACCUCCCUUGUUUUAUUGAGAGUGCAUGUGUAGGCAAACUUCAGCAACUUGUGAAGUUCUGGGUUGGAUGGGAGCUUCCUUCAGCUGGCAUGAAGGUUAAAGUGAUCUGUGCUGAUCAUCCAAGAUCAUCAACAUGCUUUCAAAUCCUACGACUGCCUGGCCACUACAGUACAUUUCAGGAGUUUACUAUGGAUCUGGAAGCCUGUAUUGCAACAUGUGAUACUGGAUUUGGUUUGAUCUAAAGGGGACAAUCUGUGCCACUUAUGAAUUAGUGUAAGGUUCCUAGUUUGUAAAACAUUCAUAAUGUGCUAGAUUGCAGAGUUCAAAUUUUGUUCUACAAACAACCCCACCUGAUAAGACUGUUCCACAACAAUCAUUAAUGUUAAAUGGCCUAAUAUGUUUAAAAAUACAUUCAUUUUCAUGUCAGUGUUAUUAUUGUGAUUCACAUCACAUAAAUGGGCCAGUUCAUCAAUUUGCUAAUCUUUAUCAUAAAUGUUACUCAGGAAGAAAUUGUUCGAAGACAGAUCUACAAAGAUCCUCACCUGUUUAUGCUGUUCUGGCUCAAUCAUUUAGUAGGCAGUAGCAGAACUGUGAAUAGCAUAUAACAUACAACACCUCAUUUUCUGGAAGACUCAAGACCUGAUGUCCUCCCAGCUCCCACAGCUGAUUUGGAGUCAGAUUUCCCUCUGUACUUAGAGGGUGAUUGUCCCAUCCAUCGUGAAAGGUGUCCAGAUGAGCUUGCAGUCGUGGAAUGAACACGUAGUGACAACAGAAGAGAUGCAUAUGCUUUGACGUAUCCAGCUGCCCUUCUUCCUCCAACUGAUGAAGCACAUUGUAGUAGAUGUUUGUGACUGCAACCCAGAUAUCUCUCCAGAGCCUCUCUAUUCUGGUAAUGUAUUAAAUGUUUAGUUACAAAUGCAAUGCACUGAAUAAUUUGUUAAAUGCAGUGGUUCUCAAACUUUUUUGUUGUAAGGCAGGGAUGAAGACUUAUAAUCUGAAAAAAAAAAAAAAAAAAUUUAAUUAAACCAAAAACAUGUUGAAUUAUACAAUGCUUUAACAUCAGUUAUUUUGGUUGGUGUCCUCAUUUUUCUGAUGUUUGAUAGCACAAAAUUUGAUAAAUUUCUAUAUUUCAUAAAAUG